AUGAAGCCCCUCUAUGCAUUGGCUGCUGUCUUUGCCAGCAUAUGUCCAACCGCUCUUGCAGCAGAUGCCGCUGCCUGGAAAUCUCGAAACAUCUACUUUGUUCUUACCGAUCGGAUCGCUCGCAGCUCCACUGAUAAUGGAGGCGCAUGCUCAGACUUGGGCUCCUACUGCGGCGGGACCUUCAAAGGCUUAGAGUCUAAGCUUGACUACAUCAAAGGCAUGGGCUUUGAUGCCAUCUGGAUCACCCCGGUUGUCUCUAAUACUCCAAAUGGAUACCAUGGGUAUUGGGCCGACGAUUUGUAUGCCAUCAACUCCAAGUAUGGGACAGCUGAAGACUUGAAGAGCCUGGUCAGCUCAGCCCACCAAAAGGGAAUCUAUGUCAUGGUUGAUGUGGUCGCCAACCACAUGGGCCCAAAUAUUGGGGGCCACAAGCCUGAGCCUCUGAACCAGCAAAGCUCGUACCAUUCGGGAUGCGAGAUUAACUACUCCGACCAAACAAGCAUCGAGGUUUGCAGCAUCGCUGGCCUCCCUGAUGUCAAGACGGAGAAUUCCGCGAUCCGCACUCUUUACCAGAAUUGGAUCAAGUGGUUGGUGAAGGAGUACCAGUUCGAUGGUAUCCGGAUUGACACAGUCAAGCACGUCGAAAAGGACUUUUGGCCCGGCUUUCAAUCGGCUGCCGGAGUAUACUCGAUCGGAGAGGUUUUUGAUGGGAACCCUGACUAUCUGGCUGGAUAUGCUAGUGUCAUGCCUGGCCUUCUCAACUACGCCAUCUAUUAUCCGAUGAACAGAUUCUACCAGCAGCAAGGAUCGUCUCAGGAUUUGGUCAACAUGCAUGAUGAAAUCAGCGCCAAAUUCUCCGAUCCUACUAUAUUGGGUACCUUUUUGGAUAAUCACGACAAUGCUCGAUGGCUAAACCGAAAGAACGACGUUUCCCUUCUCAAGAACGCCCUGGCCCAUGUCAUUCUCGCCAGAGGCAUCCCCAUUGUCUACUACGGAACCGAACAGGGCUAUGCGGGAGGGAACGAUCCAGCGAAUCGGGAGGAUCUCUGGCGAAGUGGAUUCAACACCAAUGCAGACUUGUACCAAGCCAUCUCUCGUCUUUCCAAUGCACGAUCAAAGGCCGGAGGUCUUGGCGGGAAUGACCACAAGCAUCUAUUUGUGGAAAACAACGUCUACGCAUGGAGCCGUGCCGGGGGGGACCUCGUCGUUCUCACCACCAAUCGGGGCCAGGGCUGGUCGGGUCAGUACUGCUUCUACACACAAAGGCCAAACAAGUCAUGGAACAAUGUUUUUGGACAAGGUUCAUAUGCUUCAGAUAAUGAUGGCCGGGUUUGUGUCAAUGUCACGAACGGGGAGCCUGUUGUCUUGCUUGCGAGCUAG